GUCACACUCACUACUUCCCUUCCUCCCUCACUCCCUCCGCAAUCGAGGCCAUGGCGACUAAACAGUUCCUGAUCCUGAGCGUGCUUGUAGCAGCCAUCACAGCGGCGCCGCAGUUCCCUAUUGACGACGAAACGCCCAUUCCUCACGACUUCGCAUAUGGCGUCGAAGUCUCGGACACAGGAGAUGCGAAGGAACACAAGCAGACUGUAUCUCCUUCAGGAAGAACCGAGGGCGAAUACCGAUGGCUUCAGCCCGACGGUCUGUACACCGUCGUCAGGUACUACGUGGACGGCGACUCCGGAUUCCAGGCCGAGGUGAGCGUGGAGCCAGGACCCGCCAUCGGAAACUACUACACCAACUCCCUCAGCCAAGAGAGUUCCUCGGGAGCCGCUUCCGCCUCGUCUCAGAAUUUCGCUCGCAGCUUCGACUCCCAGCAAUCGAGCCUCGGGAGGAACGUCAACGUGAUCAGCGCCCCCAGACCCGCCCCCAGACCCGCCCCUAGACCUAUCCAGGCCGCCUUUAGACCCGCCCCCAGACCUACCCAGGCCGCCUUCAGACCCGCCCCCAGACCUACCCAGUCCGCCUUCAGACCCGCCCCUCGACCCACCUUCAACGCAGGGUUCAACACGCAGCCGCAGCAAACUUUCGGAGUGAUCAACGGCGGUUUCAUUGACGGAGGCAUCAUCGACGGAGGAAUCAUCGACGGAGGAAUCAUCGACGGCGGCAUUAUCGAUGGAGGAAUCAUCAACCCCGAAUUCGACGACGAUUCCUUCGAAAACACGGCCGUAAUUCUUACAAAUAACAACAGGUUCCGUGGGUGAACAAAAUAACAUCGCCAUUUAUACGAAACUUUCACCUCCUUUUCGCAAGAUAGUGUAGUGAUUACUGAUUAGCAGACAACAAGAGGUAAAUAUUAACACGCAAAAUCUCACAACGGUGAUUUUCUCUUUAUAUUUGGUCUAUAAUUCUGCCUUGUGGUCUGUAAGUAUUGUUAAUAUAAAUAUUUAUUGUGAUUUCUAUAGCUAUACAAUCGGCAAUCACUACUCUGUAUCGAAAUGGAGUACAUGUACCUUACUCUAUUAUGCAUAAUUUUGUAUGCCUGUGUUGUUUACAAUAAACGACAAAAGAUUUA